CUUGGAUUUUCGUGACUUUAGAUGCCACAAAGUGUGCAUUAAAGAAAGCACUUAAUUUCCUUGCUUGAAUUUUUACUAAGAAGAUGCUUUGUUAACGUCUUUUUAUCUCGGUGGAAUCCUGACAGGCACUGCCAUAACUCAAAAAGGCUUAUCUCUUUCUUUUUGGUUGAAAGCAGAUCAACAGGAACAGGAAGAAGACAAAAAACCCUCAUAAUUUAUUGGCUUGCCUUCACCUCCUCCUCUUGAAGCAUCAAAAGCCAUGAUUUAGCCUUUAAUUCCCUCCAUUACAGUCAGCUCAGAUAUCCAGGACCAAACAGAAUUCAAGACCUUGUUCUAUAUACGAGUGAAAUGAACUUCUUACUUUCAGUCUCCUUUGUGGUUCGAUUUGAAGCUGGGAAGCAUUGGAGUCAUGAAAUCUCCAGCUUAUUUGCAUAAAUUCAUAGGAGGUCUAAGGAAAUUGUAGCAAGGCUAAGGGUUAAUUGGCGUCAUUCGGAAGUGUUGGUGGAUUGAGCCAUAAUAGCUAUGGUUACUCUACAUCAUCUUCCACACCGGCUACUCCUUGAUACAGGAUCAAGCACACAACCGGCAGCGAAUGAAAGCAGGACGCGCAACAAUUACAGCAGAGAGGCCAAUUUCGAUUCCAACAUGGUGAUCAUCUUGGCAGCUUUGCUUUGUGCAUUGAUUUGUGCACUUGGACUAAAUUCAAUAGUACGAUGCGCCUUACGAUGUAGCCGGAGGUUUGCUUUUGAGACUCCUGAUCAGACUGCAGCGCGUCUGGCAGCAACAGGUCUCACAAGGAGCGCAUUGCGACAAAUCCCAGUGAUUAUAUACGGGGUGUCAGGGAUGCAUAUUAUUGCAACGGAUUGUGCAAUUUGCCUUGUUGAGUUCACAGAUGGUGAGAAAGUACGAGUUUUGCCAAAGUGUAGCCAUGGUUUUCAUGUUAGGUGCAUUGACACAUGGUUGGUAUCGCACUCCUCCUGUCCAACUUGCCGGCAGUCACUACUAGAGCAACCACCAGAAAGUGCUGAUGCCGCAGAAUUUGAGGUUGGGAUUAGACAUCCGGGAAAUGCAUCGGCAGGAUUUGACGUGCCUGUUGCAGGAGAUCACGAGGCCGGUUGAUCCUGCUUUGAAAGUGAUUCGACACCGAAGAACAGGGGAAGAAAGGUCGUCUUUGAUUCUCUGUCGUUUAAUUUUUCAGACGUUCAGUUUGUGUAUGUAAUUAUGCACAGUGAUCUAGAUAUCUUGGUUGAAACUUCGGUGGAUG